CUUUCGAAUUGAGAUAUCCUGUAUUUUUUUUUCGCCCCUUUGUCAAAUCACACUCCCAAAACGAGGUCGUUUCACAUAUCUUUGAAUUCCACGACAGCCAAAACUUGCUGCGGCUCCUCACUCACCUAGCCCUCUUUGGUUCAUCCUCUCCGGCCAGCUUCUUCUCGAUCGCAAGAGGCGAAUGAAGAAUAAUAAUAUUAUUAUCAUUAUGUUGGGGGUUUUCGUGGCCCUCAUGGCCGCCCUUCUCUUCAGAUUGAAAUUGUUCACCGUCGAAGAAGAAGAAGAAGAUUUGAGAUUGUUCACUGUCGAAGAAUUGGCGUUAUACAAUGGCACACAUCCAGAUUUACCCAUACUUUUAGGAAUUCUCGGAUCUGUGUUUGAUGUGACUAAAGGAAAAUCUCAUUAUGGCACUGGAGGGGGUUACAAUCAUUUUGCUGGAAGAGAUGCUUCUCGUGCAUUUGUUUCAGGAAACUUCACAGGAGAUGGGCUCACAGACUCGUUGCAGGGGUUAUCUAGCAGUGAGGUGAAGAGUGUUGUUGAAUGGCGGGAUUUCUAUUUCAGAAGCUACACAUUUGUUGGCAAGCUAGUAGGCCGUUACUAUGAUAGCCAAGGAAAUUCCACAAAAUAUUUGAAAGGAGUUGAAGUGAAGGCUGCAAGAGGUGCACAGCUUUUGGAGAAACAAAAGAAAGAAGAAGCUAAACAACCCAGUUGCAAUUCAAGGUGGAGCCAGGGAGAUGGUGGAGAGGUUUGGUGUGAUGUUGGCGUCCCAAGGUUAGUUCAGAGGCCUUUGGAAAUUGCUUUGACUGGGAAGAUGAGUAAGCGCUGUGCCUGUUUUAAAGAAGAGCAACUGGGCCAGCCAGGGUUGGAAGUCUAUGACGGAUGUGACUUCCUUGGCAAGAGUUGCCGAGUUUAAUUAGAUUGUACAAGUCAUGUUUGUAGAACAAGUUUGUUUUAUAUAAUUUUUUUUUUUUUUUUUUUUUG